AUGGCCAUCUCAUUAUCGUACUUCCCCAUUUUAUCGGGGCUGCUUCUCGCAUUCGCCCUCCUCGCGGAAGCAGCUACCGUAACCUACGACUUCAAGAUCUCCUGGGUGAGAGCUAAUCCCGAUGGGCUUUCCGAGAGACCAGUUAUCGGCAUCAAUGGGCAAUGGCCGCCUCCAAUAAUGAGGGCCACUAUUGGCGAUCGAGUUAUUGUGAAUGUGGACAACCAACUCGGCAACCAGAGCACAAGUCUACACUUCCACGGCAUCUUCCAAAACGGAAGCGUAACCAUGGAUGGCGCGAGACAGGUUACUCAGUGUAGCAUUACUCCAGGAUCACAAUUAAAGUACAACUUCACAGUCGAGCAAUCAGGCACGUACUGGUACCAUUCUCAUGGCCAGGGCCAAUAUCCCGACGGAAUCCGGGCGCCUUUUUUCAUCAGCGACCCAAAAUUCCCCUACCAAGAAGAAGUCGACGAGGAAUUCAUUUUAUCGGUUUCCGACUGGUAUCAUGAGGAGAUGCAGGACCUGAUCCCUAAAUUCCUGUACAAAGGUAACCCCACGGGCGCGGAACCUGUUCCCCAAUCUGCGUUGAUGAACGAUACGCAAAAUCUGACUGUUUCGGUUCAACCUGGGAAGACAUAUCUAUUCCACAUGGUCAAUAUUGGUGCCUUUGCUGGACAGUAUGUCUGGUUUGAGGGCCAUAACAUGACUAUAGUUGAAGUUGAUGGGGUUUUUACUGACAAGGCCGAGGCGGAAAUGAUAUAUCUCUCUGCUGCGCAGCGAUGUAGUUUCCUAAUCACCACCAAGAACGACACGACGGCGAACUAUGCCAUUGUUGCCAGUAUGGACACUUCUCUCUUCGACGUGAUGCCAGAUGACUUGAAUUGGAAUUCAACCGGCUGGCUCGUUUACGACAAAGAGAAGCCACUUCCUGAUCCAGCAGAAGUGGACGAACUUAUCGAAUUUGAUGAUUUCACUCUGGUUCCAUUUGAUAAGCAGCCCCUGUUCCCGGAGCCAGAUCAGACUAUUACUUUUGAUGUCAUCAUGGAUAUGCUUGGGGAUGGCAAGCCAUACGCUUUCUUCAACAACAUCAGCUAUGCAGCUCAGAAAGUACCGACGUUAUAUACCGCUAUGACUGCCGGUAAAGAUGCUGUCAACCCAUUGGUUUAUGGCGAAUAUUCCCACUCAUUCGUCCUUGAGAAAGAUCAAAUCGUUGAAAUCGUAGUAAACAAUCAUGACUCUGGAAAACAUCCAUUUCAUCUUCACGGUCAUCAUUUCCAAUCCAUUGUCCGUUCAGAUGAAGAAGCAGGGGAUUUUGAUGCAACGAAUGCUACUCAGACAGGGUAUCCGGCCAUUCCUAUGAGGAGAGAUACUAUUGUUCUCCAUCCUAAUGGCAAUACUGUUUUGCGGUUCAAGGCAGAUAACCCCGGGGUGUGGUUGUUCCAUUGCCACAUCGAAUGGCACAUGGAUCAAGGCCUAGUCGCCACAAUGGUCGAGGCGCCCUUGGAACUCCAAAAGACCCUCAUAAUUCCCGAUGAUCACAUUGCCGCAUGUAAGGCUGAGAAGGUCCCAUUUGCCGGUAAUGCUGCCGGGAACACUGAUGAUUUGCUUGACUUAUCUGGUGCCAAUGAGGCACACGCACCUCUACCAGACGGAUUUACACCUCGCGGCAUUGUCGCACUUACAUUCAGCAUUGUUGCCGCACUUCUCGGUCUUGCUGUCAUCUCCUGGUACGGCAUGGCGGAUAUGGGCGCUGCAAGCAGAGCCGCUGAAGAGCGACGUAUUACGGGAAUGAGCCAAGGGGCCGCUGCGAGUAGUAGUAGACAGUCUGUGGAACAGAGUAAGGCUGGAUAA